CGCCGAACGCAGGUUGUAGCCAAGUGACUCGUCUUCACGUGGAAUUUGCGCAAAAACUCUGCCCCCGUACUUUCUCCCUCAUCGCCCAGGAAGUAAUGAAGUAUGUCCUUUGGAUGAGAAAUCAGAUUCCCAUGAGCGUGGACGAAUUAGCUCGAGAAAUGAAUCGCACGACAGUCGAGUACGUGACUGCUUCAAAACCUUCACUAUCUGGCGUAUCUACCCAGUGCCAGCCUGAUGUUAGGCCUAAUUCCCCUUCCGAUUUUGCUCCAUCUUGGAAUUCUUCCGCCUUUAGUCCACAUGGUGAUAUCAAAAGCUGUGAUAUCCCAAUGAGGGGUUCUAACUCAGAGGACUGCAGCACCAGAAGGAAAGAUCAUGUUACCAGGAAGAAGCGGCAAAAAGCAAAUCAGAUGAAUGGAAGGUAUCUCAGGGAUAUCAUGAGAGUAACAGGUGACAUCAGCAGAAUGCUAAAGGAUAUUGAUGAGGUGAUUAGCCUAUUUUCAGCAAGCAUGGAGGAGCUGAUGAUAGUGCUUGGCAGUACAAUAUUUACUCCAAAAGAGAUGUAUAGCAUAGCCUCCCCAAUGCAAACAUCCUGGCAACAAGCUGCAGAAGUCCGUGGAUGCGUUCUCAGGCAACUCUUCAGGCAUCUGGUGACAUCUGAGGAACUGAAUAAGGUCUUCUCAAAGCCUCUGACCAGGACCAACAUGUACAUCAUGCUGAAGCUCAAUGAGGUAUUACAUGAAAAGGCUGGCAAUGCUGGUCUAAUCUCAAGGCCUCAUUUCUCCAAAGAGGCCCAGAUGAAGAAAAAGAGAGUGCAUCAUGUGGAACUAAGCCUUCAGAGACGUGCGUCUGUGUGCGUGUGUGUCAUCGGGAAAACAGUAUCGCUUGACAUCCGCCCUCUCCUCCCCGAGAAAAGCAGAUCGAAACGCUCCCCAGUCAUGGAUGAAGGCGAUGGAUCGGGCACCUCGGGCCGAGAAGACGCGCCCUACCUGCUCUACGACAUCUUGAUCCCCAUCGUGACCUCCCUGAUCAUCGUCCUCAACGGGGGAGUGUUGGUGUCCACGGCGAAGAUCACGCUCCGGGGAUUGAUCGUGGGAUCGAUCAUGGCCUCGGCGUUCAGCGUGGUCAUGGUGUCCGCAGACCGUCUGAUCAGCAUCGUCUGCCCCCUCACCUACUCGCAGCACAUGAACGGCCGGCGGGCGGGAGUCUGCAUCGGGGUCAUUUGGCUCCUCGCGUUCGUCUUCGGGUUUCUGCCGGCCUUGGGGUGGAGGGAGCCGGGGGUUGCGACGCAUUGCAUUUACGUUUUGAUCGCGACGCGGUCGUGUUUGAUUUUCGUCACGGUGAUGGGGAUUCUCGUGCCGUUUUCGACCAUCGCGAUCAUUUACGCUGUGGUUCUCGUCCGGGCCUGCAAGAAACGCCGUGUCAAGAGCAAGUUCCGACGACGGGCCUUUCUCGUGGUUCUGGCCAUCGUCGGCGCCUUUUUCGUCACGUGGAUGCCGUAUUUCCUGGCCACGCUCGUCUACGCCGCGUGCGGGCGCGAGGGGUGCAAGUCGGUCGUGUCCGCCCUCGCGACCGUGCUGCCCGUGUUGGGCCAGGUGAAUUCUCUCUUGAAUCCGGUCAUCUAUGCCUGGUGGCAUAAGGGGUUUCGAGACUUCGUGAAGAAUCGCACGGGGACGUGCUGCGAAAGAGCGAAGAGGAGGGUCCUCCCUUCGAAGCCCACGCAAGAGUUUUCUCUGCCCGUCCGCGCCCGCGGUUCCUCCUCUUCGCUCUCCAAGGGAUCAUCCCAAGAAACUCAUUUGUGA